AUGCCGAACGCAAUUAACCAAGAUGGUCUGCCGAUCUUCGAUCAACUAGGACGACUAUUGAGUAACAACAACAACAACGAUGUAACAGAUGUCGAUGGAAACAUCGUUCCGAUCAAUCAGAAUGGAGAUCCAAUCGACGAACAUGGACAAGUCAUUGGUCAGCCUCCAAUCGGAGUCCGCGUGCAAGCCUUGAUUGUUGCGAUGCACGUCAAUGUCAAUCAAGCUGGUCAAGCUCCUGUCAUGCAGGUUCCACGCCAGCCACCAGUCGGAUAUGGUCGUACUCCUGCACGAGCUAAUGGAACGAACACAUUCGAUUACACCACACGCGAAGGUCAAAGUAUCUUCCGCGACAACACGAAGUCAUUGUACCGAGAUAAUGAAGAUUGUUUCAAUCUAUCAAGCACCAAACUCAAUGGAUUCAUGAGCAAAGUGGAGCACCGUGCCAACAACGCUGGAUGGACGAUCAUGAACGUUGAUGUGGGAGAAGGACACUUUCGGAACAUUGCGACUCAGUACGGAGAAGUCACCAUGGACCAUGUGUGGGAAUAUGUCCACACCUAUGACAGUGCAUUCAAUCGAGCUGAUCAGGAUGAUGCCCAACUAUUUGCCUGUCUCAUUGCGUCUACAACUACCGGAGCACAGGAAACACUUGCUCUCAAAGAAAACCUUUACACGACAGCGACCGGAGAGAAGUCUGGAUUACUGUACCUCAAGCUGAUCAUCCAAGAAUCAACCAUCGAAACCAAGUCGACCAUGAACUCAUUGUGGACAAAGAUUACUGCCGGAAUGCCGAGCAUGAUGGAGGAAAGAGGCAACAACAUCCUUAAGUUCAAUGACGACGUUCGAUCUGUCCAGAAGCAACUCCGAGCACGAGGAGAAAAUCCGGAACAUCUCAUUCCACAACUCUUGUCGGUCUAUGCAAACUGCGAAGACGAAGACACUCCAUUCCAUCGAUACAUCGAAACCGUAGAGAACAACUACAAUGAAGGAACGUUGGAACUAACUACCGACACCCUCAUGCACAAGGCUGAUCAAAAGUACAAGGAUCUCAUUGAGAAAGACAUGUUUCGAGGAUCAACCAAAAAGGAUGAAGCUAUUGUUGCCCUCACUACGAAGAUGGAAGAACUGAUGGACACCUGUGAUAAACUCAAGAGUUCUGGAGGAUCGAACCACAAGUCAAACAACGGAUCGAGUAACAAGUAUCGCAAACCUCCUGCCUGGGUCUAUCAAGAGCCAAACAAUGGAGACCCGAAGUCUAAGACGGUGGAAGGGAAGACUUACCACUGGUGCCCUGGAAACGGAGCUCACAAGCCUCGUUGGGUAACCCAUCUCCCUGAGAAGUGCAAUGGAUUGAAGAACGGAUCUACCGAAGAAAAAGACGCCAAAACCGACUCCAAGGCAACAAAGAAAGGAGAAAAGGAACCUGUGAAAUGGACGACGAUGAUGAAAGCAACAAUCGAAGAGGAGGACAUUGAUGGCUGA